AUGACUACCGAUCCAGCACCUGCGCCUUCCAUUGAUCGAUCUGUGACCCUCCGUUGUGUUGGAGAUUGGGGACAAGCCAACUUCCACCGCAUCUUGUCAUGGUUAACCCAGGAGUUCUGCGACCGCGCGGGCGCUAGAAGUCGAACCGCCAUCUGGUCCCUUCGUGAUGGUGGGCUUGAUUCCGUACUUCAGGUCCACGAUGGUGAAGCAGACAUUGGGAUUGCUACGCCAGCCACUCUUCUUCAGGCCAGCGUUACAGGAGAUGAGAUCUUUGAAAGGCAUGGCCCACUGUCGGAUAUUCGAGCUUUGGCUGUCCUUCCUCAACGAGACCGUAUGAUGUUCGCUAUCAAUUCGGAAUUCGGAGUGUCAUCCUUUGCCGAAAUCCGGGAGAAUAAACUCCCUCUACAUAUCGCAGUCUCCAAAAAUGAUGGCACCAAUUUCAUUGGCUAUGUCUCAGCACAAGUUUUGGAAGCUCAUGGACUCGAUGAGAGAACCGUCUGUUCGUGGGGUGGCUCUUGGGUCAAGGCCUGUCGCCCUGAGCAAGUUAUCGAUUUGAUAAAGACUGGCAAGGCCAAUGCGGUUAUACAGGAGGCUAUUAUGACUCCUUGGUGGAGAGACCUGGUGGAGAGUUACACGGUAACUCCCGUAAAUCUCGAAAACGCUGCCCUAGAGAAACUCUCGACCCGCAUCGGCUUCCAGAAAGCUGUUGUGACUGCCAACUUCUGGAGCACUGUCAAGCAUGAUGUUCAAUGUGUGGACUUUUCCGACUUCGUUGUUGUGGUGCGCACAGAUAUGCCCGACGACGUUGCCCAUCUUCUCACAUGGUGCCUUGUUGAGACUAGACAAGUCCUUGAAGCGCAGUUCCACCACAUCCCACCGGAGCGCAGUCCUGUUUCGUACCCCUUGGAUCCUAUCAAGAUGGCCCAACAGAAGGAGAAGAAGUUGUUACUGUAUCACCGAAUCCUACCUUCCUUCCUUGCAAAUCAAGAUGGCAUCUUUCAACAAGGUAGCGCCUUUGCACAUACUGCAUUAAUCGUACACGAGCCCCUACAAGAGAUGGGCAUUGACGUAAUGGAAUGGCCAGCGGGACCGCCUGAUCACAAUCCUAUUGACAACCUAUGGACGCUUCUAAAGGAUAAGAUCUACAAGCUACAUCCAGAGCUUAAACACAUGCCAAACAAUGAUACAACACACGCGCUUUUAAUCGACGCAGCACAGGAAGCUUGGGAUGCCUUGGACCUAGAAAUAAUGGUCCGUCUAUCUGAGACUAUGCCGCAUCGUGUGAAGGCAAUUAUUUGA